GCAGGAAAAGCAGCAGGGAAAUUGUGUGGGCAGCAGCAGUAGCCAGCCAGCCAGUCAACCAGUCAUCCAGCCAGCUAGUCAGUUAGUCAGUCAGCCAGGUGAAACAGUUAAAUUAUGAAAACGUAUACAAAACUGGCCCGUUUUCGCCGCAUAAGUCAAUUCGCCGCCUGAGAGCGAAGGAAAAAUUGUGUGUCCUUUGGUGUCGACGUGUCGAAGCGAAAAGGUAGAAAGGCAGUUGGUGCGUUGCAUUUUCUGAAUAACUGAGCCAGUGCAGCCAAAGCCAGAGGAAUCCGGGCCACACGAUAGGGUCGCGGGCGUGUGAAUAAUUGAUUGGAUAACCGUAAACAAAUCGACGAACCAGUCGACACGGAAUCGCGGCGUAUGUCAGUCCAGUGCCAAGGCUGAGUCGAGUCCUCUUCCAUCGCCUUCUCCCCCAGCGAAAGGAGCUGCCAUUAUCGAUUUGUGUGUAUGUGCGAGCAACAACACAGCGGACCCCUCACCCACACGUCGACAGCAGUGGGAUACUCUUGUGGCAGCAGGAUCUGCACCAGCAGCAGCAACUGAAGCAGCAACUGCAACAUCUGCAGCAGCAACAACAGCAACCGCAGCAACCUCAAGACAGACACCGCUCUAAACAGACAUAAUGGCGAGUGGCGGAGACCCCAAGUGGCAGAAGGAUGCCGCCGACCAGAACUUCGACUACAUGUUCAAGCUGCUCAUCAUCGGCAACUCCAGCGUGGGCAAGACCAGCUUCCUCUUCCGCUACGCCGACGAUAGCUUCACAUCCGCCUUCGUCUCCACGGUGGGCAUUGACUUCAAGGUGAAGACCGUCUUUCGGCACGACAAGCGCGUAAAGCUCCAGAUCUGGGACACGGCUGGACAGGAGCGGUACCGCACCAUCACCACAGCCUAUUACCGUGGAGCGAUGGGCUUCAUCCUGAUGUACGACGUUACCAACGAGGACAGUUUCAACUCGGUCCAGGAUUGGGUAACACAGAUCAAAACCUAUUCGUGGGACAACGCCCAGGUGAUUCUGGUGGGCAACAAGUGCGACAUGGAGGACCAGCGGGUGAUCAGUUUCGAACGUGGUCGCCAGUUGGCCGAUCAACUGGGUGUGGAAUUUUUCGAGACGUCCGCCAAGGAGAACGUGAACGUCAAGGCUGUUUUCGAGCGAUUGGUGGACAUCAUCUGCGACAAGAUGUCCGAGAGCCUGGACGCGGACCCGACGUUAGUGGGCGGCGGCCAGAAGGGCCAGAGGCUGACGGAUCAGCCGCAGGGCACGCCCAAUGCCAACUGCAACUGUUAGAGCCCCGAUGGGAGGAUGGGAGGACGGGGGAUCCUGCAGCACCACGACAACAAACCACAUCCGUAACAACCAUAGACAACAGAAUUUGAAAACUAGCUAAUUAGUCAGCAUUGAACAGGGGAUUGCAACUAAUCCUUCAGUAAGCCGACGAUGACGGUUCGGAUACCGAUGAAAAGAUAAUGAUGAUAUAGCACUAUGUUUGUAUCGAUAUGUGUAUGUAUAUCCUUUGCGUUCGCUCGCCUCAGUGUAAAUGUCAAAUGUUAUUUAAUCCGAUGUUUGAAUUGUAACCUGUAAUUUGUAAUUUGUAAUUGGUAAUUUGUAAUUCGUAAACUGUAAACUGUAAUUUAAUUGGCUGUCCGCGGCGUUGAAACAUUUGUUGAGUGUGUGAAUUGAGUUGAAUUUAUUCAAAUUGAUAGAUCGAGAUCGAGUUGAUAGUUCGAGAAAUUGAAAAAGAGCAAAGAAUUUAACGAAAGCCCGAUUUGACGGUGAUUCGGCACUAAUUAAGCAUGCACCCCGAGUGCUGAUUACAGUCAUUUGAUUUGCGACCCCGCCACAAAGGGGUCAAGAGGUCAGGAGGUCAGUCAGCACGAGUAUUUCGAACCGUUCUCCACAUCCACAUGUAUAUACGCUGGCUAAACUGUACAGUUUGAGAUGCUUGACGAAACGCACAAAGCUAGCGAAUCGGUGAAAUCGAACAGAAACUAUACUAACUACUUAGUACACCCCCUCCACACACACACACCCAUGUAUAUGUAUGGAUACACGCAAACACACAUAAGCAAAGAGCACUGAAAACACAAAGAACACACCGGAAACGGAUAUAGUUAUACCCUGAAUACCCGGCUUGGAGCAUUCUAGCAAACACAAAGAAAUCGGCUGAGUGGUAGGCCGUUAUUAUUAAAUAUUAUGAUUAUUAUUAUUAUGUACGUAUGUAUUUAUGUAGUGAAAUGGAAAAUUUUAAUGUGUUGCAAAUGAUAAAAGAAAUAUAUACAUCAAAUAUACAUGUAUCGCAUAGAGUACUACCCAGACCCAGAGCUACAUAGCUACAGAGAGGUAAUCGCAGUUUCCUGUUGCCCGAAAACCCCAUUACGAACACCUUCCAACGGGCCAGAGUGACAAUAACCCGCAGGAGAUCAGGAGCACUGGUAUCCAGAAUCCCCUCCCCCGAGGUCAGGCAACUGCAGGUUAAAUUUCCCCCACCACUUUUUGAUUUUCCUUCCCCUCGAGACUGUUGCGAACUGAAUCCGGAUUGCGAGUUACUUGAACCCACCGAGCCAGCUGAGAGAUCGGUGCAUUUAAUUUGCCAGACCCUCCCAACACUCAACACCCAAAACCCAAGACAUCCCAACACCCCCUUUUAUAUGCACACACCACCCACUUUUCUACCUGUAUACUAUGUGUUUAUGGUACGCUAUACAAGGCUUUCCUUUGUUACCGCUUUGAUGACACAACAAACCGCUGCCGAGACUAAAUUUGAACGAGGACUUUAGGCGGGGACAAGGACUUUGACUUUGACUUAGGGGUCUAAAACUGCUGAAUCUAAAUAUGUAACUGAAUAUAUUAUAUGUAUUUGCCAAUGCUCGUUAAUGUUAAAUAUGUGUACAAGCAGAGUUUCACUUGAAUUACGAUUAAAUUAAAGGCAUAUCGCUGUAUUAUAAAUACCCAAAACGAAGACAAAACGAAACGAUACGGAAGACCGAACCCGCACCCAGGAAAAUGCCAGGAAAAUUCACAGGAAAUGCACAACGAGUUGCUAAGUGCCAGAGUGGGACAGAGGGGAAGGAGGCUGGGCUAUGGGAUUUGGGAUAUGGGAUUUGAGAAAGAUAAUGAAGUUAAUGAUUCUAUACGAAAAUGCCUUAAGCCAGCGACGCAGGUCGCUGAUUGGUCUUUUUGGCAUUCGAACUGUUUUGUAAAAUAAUUAAUCAUACAACUUGCAUAACCACUCCUUCAAGUAUUUGUCUUUGUAUUCGUGUGUGGAUUCGCUUUUAGUCAAGCCCCAAUUAAAUAAUCCAACCCAAUUAAACUAAACCGAACUAAACUAAACUAUAACAAAAGUAAAACCAAAACUAGAACGGAGUAAAAUCAAAGCAAAUAAAACAAAUGUAAACGAGAAACAAUUGUUGAUGAAUUCGUGCAUAGGCAUAACGCAAGCAUUUUUGCGCUACAUUGUUGUCAUUUAAACCAAUACUUAGCAUAUUGAUUAUUGCAUUGUGUACUCGCUAAACCAAAUAUUUGUAAACCCUAUGAAAACAAUUCCAAUUCCAAACACAGUGGCAUUAUUUGUAUUCCAUUUGAAUUGCAACAAGAAUAACCCAACUAGGAAAUGUGUACAAGAACGUCAAAAUAAAAUAAUUCAAUAUAUAUUAUUCAAUGAUGGUUUUUAAACACUAACACACAUCUGCAUACCCGUACUUAUGAUGAUAAUAACAUAGAUAUACAGAUACACACAUAUAUACAUAAUAUACACAUAAUGGUAUUGAAAUUAUUGUAUUCCCAUAAUAAAAUAUAUGCAAAAGGUGUAUGGUAAACAAACAAUGAA